AUGGAAGUUAGGCCUGUUGAAGAUUUUGCUGGGCUAAAUCUUACCCAAGAGAGGCCUCCUCUGCUGGGCAGAUUGGCUAAUUGUCAGCCGCUCUCAAGCGUGAAUCCAAAAUUCAAGUCUUACUCUCUGAGGGAGAUCAGUUCCCCUGAUCAUAGCCGUGUAAGAGAGGCAUUGCUGGUACGUGAUUUAUUAAAUGUUUUGGUUGGGCUAGAAGGUGCAUACAUCAGGUACAACAACCGAUAUGAUCCAUAUAGCGAUAGUGUACCCGAGUUCAAAAUUGCAAAGACGAUGGAUUCUUCACUCAAAAGCUUUAGUAAAAGGCUAUCAAAACUAGGGAAAUACUACAUUGUACUAGGGAAAGUGGUAGAGCAUUGGUCAGAUCCUAAACAUGGCAUGGUUUUGCAUCGAUUAGGAUACGAAAUUAGACAAUUCCUUCAACAUACUUAUUUGAAGUUUAUUGCAACCAGAUUGGAACCUGAAUUCAAAAACAGUACCACUUUCUCCAUUCGUGAAAUGGAGCAAUUAAUAAAUGAAGCUGAAAUUGCAAAACAGAUGGAUCUCCUGUACACUGUAUGCGAUAGAAUCGACAAGGAGACUACUAUGAGACAAAGUGUAGAUAGAACGCAGGUUGAUUUUGAUAAUUUUAUGAAUGAUUUAAAGGAUCAAGGCCAACUACAAAGCGACGUGAUUUUAGCGACGGAUACAAGGAUUUUACCAGUAGCUAGAGGGGGGAUUGUUUUAAGAAUUUUACAAGAUUUAAUUCAGGAGAACUUAGGUGAUCGUAGUGGUGUACAUUUUUUAAAAACAUUACUAUUAAAUAUCUCUACGGAUUAUCGAUCCAUGCUAGAAAGUUGGUUGACUCAGGGACAUCUACAUGAUCCAUACGACGAAUUUAUGGUUAUAGAUACAAUGAGACAAUUGAAGGAUACGCCUUUGAGUUUGAAGUACGGGGAUAGGUUAUGGGACACAAGGUACAUGAUUCGUAAAGAUGCACUGCCGCGCAACUUAACUGUUAAGGAUGAUGGUGAAUUGAUGUUCAAGAUUCUCGUCACUGGUAAACUUCUAAAUGUGGUCAAGACAAGCCUUGGCGUAAAGCAAUUACCAGUUACACAGUCUUCUACCAUGGCCAUGGAUUUUGGAUCGUCAUUGAUGGAGGGCACUCUUUGGGCAUUAAUCAUUGACGAAUGGUAUCAAAGGGCAAAUACAUUGUGCCUAGAAUUGUUUCUAACUGGGUAUUCUCUUGGUGACUUCCUCUUACAGUUACAACGUCAUUUCUUUGGAUAUCAAAAUUCUCAUAACCUUAUGAAAUUUUUAGGUCGCAACAUGGUCGACUUAACUCGCAAGUAUCGACCUAAUGGUAUUGAAGAAUCAAGAAUUAGACGAAAUUUCGAAUUGGAACAUCGAUCCAAUGAAGAUCUGGUCAUUCAAUUACUCAAUUUACAGCUUGAUCCCCAUUCAUUUGCAAGUACAGUAGCUCAAUAUGGAGCCACUACAACAAUAGCUAAAGAUUCUGGCACCCGUCUCUUGAGUGCAAACAAUUUUGAAACCUUGAGAAACAUGCUUUUACAGGAUUACGACUCACAAAACCAUUCUAAGAAUCAAGGCAGCGUCAUCCAUCAUUUACAGUUUGAAAUACUGGUACCUUACCCACUCAAUGUGAUUGUCACUCGUACUUGUACUGUUCAAUACCAAGUGAUCUCCAGGUAUCUCUUUAUCCUGCAGUACUACAGCCGCCUACUUGAUGAUACCUGGACAGAGAUCAACAAGAACAAACUGUGGAGACAACGGUUCAGUCCCCGCGUAACAAGAAAAUUCAUUCGCCCUUGCCGUUUACUUCACAACAAGAUGAACCAAUUCGUCAAACUACUACUAGAAUAUUUCACCACAGACGUUGUUGACAAAGAGUUUUCGCAUGUGGUCAACACCCAAACCGAUACUGUUGUAGCACUUCAAACUUUACUCCAGGAAUCUCUUACCAACAUCAUGACUAAUUGUUGUUUGUCCCAACUCGCACAGAUUCAAUUGCAGAUUCUCGAGAUUGUGCACAAAUUCUGCAAAUUCAUCACUUCCCUAAGAAACGAGAUGCCAUUUCUGCAGGAGACGGAAAUAUCUGAUCCACAAGAACAAGCAGAUGUGGAAUCCCAUCUAAAACCUUUAGCAAAUUACACGAGACUCGUUCACAUGACUUUUCUACAACACAUACAGGCUUUCAAAGAGGGUCUCCUUCACUACCACGCAGAAUCGAUAGACACAAAUGACAGCCGCCGAGACAUCUCUCGUAUGAUGUUAUCUCUAGGUAUCCUUCCAGGAUAG